GCUUCCCUCCCUCUACAAAAAAAAUCUUUAUUUCUUCCUUUGUUUUAAAGUGACCGGAAAAAGGACAUGCCAACAACAUUUUCCGGUGACUGUCUCGACGGAACCUUGGAAUGUCGGCAGUUAAUGAACCACUAUUGGACGGCACCGCCGUGCCUUCUUGUUCUGAUCCUACAAUAUCGCUACAUCAAUCUUAUUCCUUCAGAAACUUUCCUCAACUCUGCUGGAUUUUUGAUGAGCUGCCGACGGCGACGGUUGUUUCCGUUUCGAAACCGGAGACCGGAGAUAUUAGUCCGAUAGUGUUCUCUUAUACCAUUGAAAUACAAUAUAAGCAGUUUAAAUGGCACUUAGUGAAGAAGACUUCUCAGGUUUUGUUCUUACAUUUUGCUUUGAAGAAACGGGCAAUUAUUGAGGAAUUUCAUGAGAAACAAGAGCAGGUUAAGGAAUGGCUACACAGCUUAGGAAUAAUAGAUCAUCAAGUUGCAGUCGUACAGGAUGCGGAUGAACCUGAUGAUGGUGCUCUUCCGUUGAAUCAAGAAGACAGUGUAAGAAAGAGAAAUAUUCCAUCAACUGCUGCCUUACCAAUUCUCCGUCCUGCUCUAGGAGGUCAGCAGGCAAUUUCGGACAGAUCAAAAGUAGCAAUGCAGAAUUAUCUGAAUCAUUUUUUAGGGAACAUAGAGAUUGUAAAUUCUCGAGAGGUCUGCAAAUUUUUGGAGGUUUCUAAGCUGUCAUUUUCACUUGAAUAUGGUCCAAAGCUAAAAGAAGGCUUUGUGAUGGUGAAUCAUCUAUCUAACAUUUCCGCGAGUGAUGAUAAUGUAGGAUGCUGUCCAUGUCAAUUGUUCAACUAUUGUGAUAACAACUGGAAAAGGGUGUGGGCUGUUUUAAAACCUGGGUUCUUGGCCUUCCUGGAAGAUCCUUUCGACACCAAACUAUUAGAUAUUAUUGUUUUUGAUAUUCUACCAACCUCAGAUAGGAAUAAUAAAUGUCAAGUAUUUUUAGCAAACCAGAUAAAGAAUAGUAAUCCUUUACGUUAUUCAUUUAAGGUUUCUUCUGGAAGUCAGAGCAUAAAAAUAAGAACCACUAGUAGUGGUAAAGUUAAUGAGUGGGUAUCUGCAAUCAAUGAUUCAGUUUUAAGGCCUAUUGAAGGAUGGUGUCAUCCUCACCGGUAUGGUUCAUAUGCUCCUCCAAGGGGUUUAACGGAAGACGGGAGUCAAGCACAAUGGUUUGUAGAUGGACAAGCAGCUUUUGAAGCAAUUGCAACAGCAAUCGAGAAUGCAAAGUCAGAGAUAUUUAUUACUGGCUGGUGGCUUUGCCCUGAGCUUUAUUUAAGACGCCCUUUUGAUAGUCAUUCUUCCUCUCGGCUUGAUUCUUUGCUAGAAGUUAAAGCUAAGCAAGGUGUUCAGAUUUAUAUUCUUCUCUACAAAGAGGUUGCUAUUGCUUUGAAAAUUAACAGUAUGUAUAGCAAGAAAAUGCUCCUCAACAUUCAUGAGAAUGUGAGGGUAUUGCGCUAUCCAAAUCAUUUCUCAGCUGGCAUCUACUUAUGGUCGCACCAUGAAAAACUUGUAAUUGUUGACUAUCAGAUUUGCUUUAUGGGAGGAUUGGAUUUAUGCUUUGGUCGCUAUGACACUAAAGAACAUAGAGUUGGUGACUGUCCUCCUCAUAUAUGGCCUGGAAAGGACUAUUAUAAUCCAAGAGAAUCUGAACCAAAUUCUUGGGAGGAUACCAUGAAAGAUGAGCUUCAUCGAGGAAAAUAUCCACGUAUGCCAUGGCAUGAUGUCCAUUGCGCUCUUUGGGGACCAGCUUGCCGUGAUGUUGCUAGGCACUUCAUUCAACGCUGGAACCAUGCUAAGAGAAGCAAAGCUCCCAAUGAGCAAACAAUUCCAUUAUUAAUGCCUCAGCAACACAUGGUCCUUCCUCAUUACAUGGGAAUAAGUAGAGAGAUAGACAUUGAAAACAAGACUGCAGGAAAGAAACUGAAAGACAUGGCUAGAGAGGAUUCCUUCUCGCUAUUUCCAUUGCAAGAUGUACCACUAUUAUUGCCUCAGGAAGCUGAUGCACCAGUUCCUUCUUGUGAAAAUAAGAAUUUUAAUUGUCUGGAUCAACAAACUGGAUACUGUGAAAAUUUCUCAUUCUCCCUCCAUAAAUCCAAAGUAGAAAAUCCAGUUCCAGGUACAGUGCCGAAAGGAUUUGCUGUUGAAGUUAAUUCUUUGAAUAUUCAAAGAAACUCUCAGAAAUCAGAAGUAUGUUCAGUAACAUCAGAAGAAGACGAUCAUAAUAUUUCUUCUUGUGGACAAGUUGGGCCGCGCACUGCAUGUAGAUGUCAGGUUAUUAGAAGUGUUGGUCAAUGGUCUGCUGGAGCCAGCCAAACUGAAGAAAGCAUCCAUAACGCCUAUUGUUCUCUUAUUGAGAAAGCAGAGCAUUUUAUCUACAUAGAGAACCAGUUUUUCAUAUCGGGUCUUUCUGGAGAUGAGAUUAUACAGAACCGUGUUCUGGAUGCAUUAUACAAGCGUAUUUUACUCGCACACAAAGAGCAGAAGUGUUUUCGUGUCAUCAUUGUUAUACCACUCUUGCCAGGCUUUCAGGGAGGUAUAGAUGAUGGUGGGGCAGCAACAGUUAGAGCCAUAAUGCAUUGGCAGUAUCGGACGAUUUCCAGAGAAAAGACUUCGAUAUUGUAUAACCUCCAUGCAUUGCUCGGUCCUAAAAUACAGAAUUACAUCUCAUUUUAUGGUCUGAGGACAUAUGGUAGACUUUACGAGGAUGGUCCAAUCGCCACCAGUCAGGUAUAUGUACAUAGCAAAGUUAUGAUAGUAGAUGAUUGUGUUGCCGUGAUUGGAUCGUCUAAUAUCAAUGACAGAAGUUUGCUUGGAUCAAGAGACUCAGAGAUUGGGGUGGUCAUCGAAGAUAAGGAGUUUGUCGACUCAACCAUGAACGGAGAGCCCUGGAAAGCUGGAAAGUUUACAUAUAGCCUGCGGUGCUCACUGUGGUCAGAGCAUCUUGGUCUUAAUGCAGGAGAGAUCCACAAAAUCAGUGAUCCUGUAGCAGAGACAACUUACCAAGAUUUAUGGUUAGCAAUUGCAAAGGAAAAUACAGAAAUCUAUCAAGAUGUUUUUGGUUGUCUUCCAAAUGAAGAAAUUCAUUCAAGAGCUGGUGUGAGACAAAGCGUGAACUAUUGGAAGGAGAAGGUCGGUCACACCACCAUCGACAUAGGAAUAGCUCCGGAGAAGGUCGAAUAUGAAGAGAAUGGAGAAAAGAAGGAGAUAGAAACAAUGAAAAAGCUAAAAGAGAUAAAGGGGUUUCUGGUUUCAUUUCCGUUGGAGUUCAUGCGUCAAGAAGAUUUAAGACCAGUGUUCAAUGAGAGUGAGUUCUAUGCAUCUCCUCACGUCUUCCAUUAAUAACUUCAGCCUCAAGAAAAAAACUGAAAUUAACAGAAAUGUUCAGUUUUAGCUUUUCACCUAUUUGAUGGCCGCAUUGGCUUUGAUGAAUUCCUUUUAUAAAUAAAUAAUAGUUCCACUUGAAUAAGUAUAGUAAAUAUUGUUUGUAUACAUAAAUUUUCUUUUGCCUUUAUUCAAGAUAGUUGAAGCCAUUUUUGUAAUUCACUUAUUUCCAUCUUUAAUUUUUAAACAUCAGCAAUCACACAAGAUUGUUUAUUUUUGCA